AUGACCGAACAUGUGGUCUGCGAUAACUUGACGCGAAGUAUCGAGGAGACUUGCAACGAGAUCACAAACGAGAUGCCAGACACGGACAACACCGACGUCUCUCCUACCGUCAAUAUUGACGUCGAGAUGAACGAAGAGAGUCGAUUCCUCGAAGACGCAACCGUCGUCUACAAUAAGCUAACUGAACGAAUUUUCUUUUUCAAGAGAAUGAAGAGCGAGCAUCCACGACUUGAUGUGCUCUUUCAAGUCGGAGGAGGCACUCUCCGCCCUGGCACCCACGACGGUAAUGAUUAUGCCGUGUGGGAAGCCAGUGAGAGUCUCUACAUUUAUCGAACAUCAGGCCCCGACUUUCAAGUUCUGCAGUCUGUGGCCAGUGUCGAGUACAUUACCAAUAACUCGCAAAAGUCAAGAAUUCGAAACCAGUUCAGCCUCAAGACAUGCGGCUUUAUAGGGAUGCGGGAUUCUGAGGGUCGGAUUCAAGUUCUGAAAUCGGCCAUCAGCGGGACGGAAUUUAUUCCUGUCCGAGAACAGGACAAACAAGACUUCCUGUUUGAUGCCAAGUGGGUAGCCAGGGUCAAACUCCUUGCAAAAUUGUUGCGCAUCAACCUGCGCACGCCCUACGACGGACGCAGCAAGCCGACGUCGGAUGGAAAUGUCGGAAAUUGGCGAGCAGGCCAUAUCGAAAAGAAGCUGUCCACGCAUAUGGUGUACACGCUUUUGGCAAUGUACCAAAAGAAGAAGGGAAAGGUGACCCUCAAGGACCUCCGCCAUUUAGGACGACUUCUGCGUGAGGAGGGUCGCAACCUCAAGUUCGAGAUUCACUUGAGCCGCGGACCCUGCGGAACUCCUCACCGUUCAGGCCAAUGUGUCCCGUUUGUUCGAAGACUUGCCCGGAUCACUGGCGUCAGGUUUACGAUACACUCCUAG